AUUUAUAUCUACCGGCAUAAUGUUAUAAUUUAAUAAGUGAUUACUGUUUUUUUCAUCACUUUCUUCAGCUUCCAAUCAAUCAAUUUAACAAAAAAACAAAAGCCGACAUUAUUCUAUACAUGUUAAAGAAAAAAUGCUAAUUGACGACGUUGAUACGGCUAAACUAAGACGUACAUUAGAUCCUGAAAUUACCCAUGGAAUUUGGUCGGCAAUAAUUCAACUUUCACUUAAACAACAUGAUAAUGGCAGCGAUGGUAUUGGAUGUGAUUACGAUCAAGUAUUGGUUGAACAAAAAUGUUUGGUUGAAUAUCUGGUGGAACAUUUUUCUCAGUUAGAGAAUUCUGAAAAUGUUUCAAAGUCAAUCGAAAAAGCUAUUGAUGAAGGUUUGAUUCGAAAACAACGAAAUAAAUCUGCUGAAGAUGGUCAAUUGAUGGUGAUGAACGGCAAUGUGAAUGAUAGUGAGGAUCAUAAUGUUGAAAACAACGAAAUCGAAUGUUUGAUUGGUUUGCCUCAUGAAACGGUAAAAUUUCCAUCACAUGAUUGGUAUUGUUUUGAAUGUCAUCGUAUAAAUUGCAAAAGUAAAACCAAUGAUGAUGAAAGUAAUGAAACUUGUUCGUCAUCUCUAAUACUAAUUAAAUGUCAACAUUGUUGGCGUGUUUAUCACCGAAAAUGUGUUCAACAAGCAGUAGAAUUUAUUGAUCAAAUAAUUCCUGAAAAUGAUCGCAUAAAUUCUAGUAAUUCUUCGAGUGAAACAUUUACCUGUCCUGUUUGUUUAUUAAUUCAAAAAUAUUCAUCUUUUUCAGUUGGAUCUCGUCAUUUUGAUCAAAAAGAAUUCAAUCAAAUUUUGAGCUAUACUUACACUCGAUUCAAAGCAAAAGCAUCUCAUCAAAUAUCACAUUCCUUACUAAAUAUGAAACAAUUAUUGUAUAAUACAACUUCUAUGUCAUCAUUAAUAUCAUCAAAAAUAAUAUCUUCUUUGCCAUCAUCGUCCACAUCUUCAUCAGUUUCAAGUCAAGAAAUGAAUGGUGAAUCAUCAUCAGAAACGAACAAGUACAAAAAAUCAAUUAUUAGUCCUAAAGAUUUAUUAAAUCAAUUGGCAAUGAAUUAUCUUUCAUACAAACCUGUCGAACUUGUUGAUAUUGAAAAAUAUUUACAAGAUUGUCAAUAUAAAACUAUUGGAGAGUUUUUGGGUGAUUGUCUUACUGUCCGUCACAUGUUAGAAGUGGUUGUUUGUUCACAAUCCGAACAAUCACCAACCGUACAACGAAGAAUACGUGAUGCAUUAUCACGUAUGCUUGAAGCUACUAGAUAUGAAUUAAAAGAAAUGAUUGGUUGUGUUGAUUGUUAUCGUAAUUCAAAUCGUCAAAACAAUAAGUUAUGGUUUUGUUGGCCUUGUGAUCCGCCACAUAUGUUGGUUUUUGCUAAGCAAAAAGGCUAUCCUUAUUGGCCAGCCAAAGUUAUUUAUCCACGUAACAGUGAUGAAAUUGCUGGUUGUAACCAAUUGGAUGUAAGAUUUUUUGGUUCGAAUCAUGAACGUUCAUUGAUUGACAAAGCAAAUAUCAAAGAUAUUAAUUCAUCAUUGUCCGAAUUAAACAUACUGAAACCAAUGCCAUCGCUAGAUAAAGCUCUACAAGAAUUACGCGCAUAUAGGGAAUUAUUGGAAUCAACGGAUGAAUUGAAAAAUGAAACACAUUCAUCGCUUUUGAAAAUUAGUGGUAAAAAAGAUGAAAUUCAUUGUGCAAAAAAUAAUUCCGACAACAAGUGCAAUUUAAAAAAUGGAGAUGAAUCAAUUCGACGAACAAAACGAAAAGUGAAAUCGAAAUUUUUUCGGCAAGCAAUUAAUGAAAAUGAUGAUGAGGGUUGUUCCGAAGAUCUGAUGACUGAAGAAAGCAACAGUGUGAUUGAAGAAAAUAACAUCGAUGAAGAUGGUGAACAGACUGAACACGAUCCUAAUUCUCAGUCAAAUGAUUCGAAAAUAAAAUCCGAAGAUAAUGCUACUGAUGUUGAUGAUUCUACUGAUGAUAGUGAAGCUGAAGAUUCUACUGAAACAAAUGAGAAAAAUAUUUCAAUAGAACAACCAAAGAAAAGAGCUUGUGGCAGACCUAGAAAAUUUUCAUCAUCAUCAAGCUUAAUAACGACACAAUCGAUAGGAAAAAAACGAAUGAAAUCACCAAGAGAGAAAACAUCACUUUCAACAAAAAAUCGAAUCCGUAAGAAAAAAAUAAUAUACUCGCCAAACUAUAAUUCUCGUCCGUCCGACAAUAAUAGCAUCGAUAGUUUAUCAACAAAUACUAGUCUAGAAACAUCAUCAAAACGUGGCCGCAAACCUAAACUAUUUCAUUCACCUGUUGUUAAUCAUCAAAUUCUGUCUUCCUCAAAAUCAUCUGAAAAAAUAAAACAAACACAACGUUUAUCACCUAAAAAAUGGACACAGAAAUCAAUAUCGACAGUCAAACGAAAUAAAAAUGAACUUCGUUGCUUAACAUCUACCUCAUCAUCAUUAAAUAAAAAAGCAAAAUUGCCGCCAUCAUCUCCAUCUAAUUCUAAUAAUUAUUCACCUAAAUAUUCGAAAAAACUACGAGAAAUUGAACGUGAACGACAGUUGAUUAAAGCGCGUAGAAAAUUGUUAAUGAAUGAAGUGACAACACCUAAGCAUGUACCACCGGUAGUUGCGACCAAAUCAAUUCCACCCAAUUCGAUUUUAUCAUCAACAUUAUCUAAGCCAUCACCAUCAAUUCUAAAUAAGGUUCUAAAAGCCAAUUGCAAUAAAUCUAUGGAAUCAAAUACUUUGGUUUCUCUUUUAUCACAAAAUUCAAUUCCUAAAAUUAUUAAUAAUUGUGGACAAUAUUACAAUAAUAAUGCUGAGUCUUAUCAAUCUACGCAUGAAUAUGUUACAAUCUCGAAUGAUUAUUUGAUAAAAUCAGAAAAGACUGAUAACAAUAAUAAAAAUGACUUGAUUCAAAAUUCGACUGAUUUUGCAACAAACUCUCAGAAAGUAUCGAAUCCACCAAGUAGUUUUCUUAAACCUUUAAACAGUGAAGGUGAAACUGAUGAAGAUCGUAUCACAGAUAAUGAUUGUGGUAAUGAACAAAAUACUUCACAAAUAGAUGAAACAUCCAAAAAUGAAGAAGUACAUAAUAAUAAUGAUCAAAACAAUGUUAUUAAACAAAAUAAUUCUACUGUGAUGGAUGACGAUGACGAUGAAGAACCAUAUCUUUAUGAUGACGAACAAUUGGAAGAUCAUAUAAAUUAUUAUCUUGAGUAUGAAAAAGCAAAAAAAGAUGAACAGCAACGACUGAAUUUGAGUCAUCAUCAUCAUCAACAACAAAUUUUGUCUGAUCAGUAUCAUCAAUAUUAUCCAAUAAAUCAUUUACAACCAAGAAUGAUGAUGCCGAAUAAUUUGAUGGUAGAUCGAUCUAAAUUUGCUGAAAAUUUUCCACACAAAACCAAUGGAUUUGUAAAUGAAUCACCAUUUUCAGAACCACCAAAAAAAUAUAUUGAUUAUUCGCCAGCACAAAUUUAUGUACCAACAAAAAAGAAUCAAAAUCUUGUCAAUUCAUAUCUUUUUCAUGUAGAAACGAACAAUCAAAAAAUACCUCAUUAUCGUGGCGAUUAUCUAGCACAAUACAUAUUGCAAAAAGAUGAAUUUGAACCGGAAGAUAUUCAGAUAAGUCCACGAAAACGUGGUAGGCCAUCAAAAAAUGUUGAACCAUCAUCGUUUGAACAUUCACAAAAAGCACGUUGUUUGUUGGAAAAAAGUUAUCUUCAAGAUAGUGCCUGUAAUCGUGCUUGUUUGACGAAUAGUGUUAAAGCAUUUAAAAAAUUUAGAGAAUUUCUUGAAGCACAAAGCAAAAAUGAAAUUUCAAAGCUCAAACGAGAACUUGAAGAAUCUAAACAACAAGUAUAUCGUUUGACAAAUAAAACAACAGAAUUAGAAAUGAUUGUUAAAAAUGAGCGUGAUCUCAAUAAACGAUAUAAUCCAGCGGUCAUCAAACAAAUGGAAGAACGUUAUAAACGAGAAAUUUCCCAAGUAAAACGAAAACAAUGGUGUGCAUUGUGUGAAGCAGAAGCAAAUUAUUUCUGUUGUUUCAAAACAAAUUAUUGUUCACCAGAAUGUCAACUAAAACAUUGGAAAGCUGGUCAUCAAUCGGAAUGUACAAGAAAUAAGAAUAAUGGCAAAAUAAACAAUGAUAAAGCAAUCAAAAUUGAAUAAUGGCUAUUUACCUUAAU